AUGCCUCUCGUCGAUCCAGUUACCAACAGUGCUGCCGGGGGUGAGGACAAGACCCAAGUGUGGAUGAGUAAAUUGGCUGGAAAGAAGAUCGGUGACUCCAGUGAUGAGACUACGUUCGCAAAGCAAGACCUUCCUGAAGAGCACAGAAUCAUUGAGCCUGGUUCGAUGGUUACCAAGGACUUCAAGGAGAACAGUAUAUCUCCCGGCUCAAAAAGCAAGGUUAAGUCCUCUGUUCAACGCGCCAUCAGAACUCAACUCGUCAACACAUAUCCGUUAUUAGCCCCUCAUAUCGAUGAGAUAAUACCGAAGAAGGAGCAGCUGGAUGCUAUGAAAAUUCCAGAGAGAGUAACUCUCUACUUAAUUGGCCCUACACCUCUAUUCUUUCAACACAUGACCGAUGCUCUCCUACCCCAUCUCAAACUCGUUCACCGAUUCCCUACCUGCUUCCCAAGUCUGCGUAUCGAUCGCGGCGCUAUUCGAUUCGUUCUUUCGGGAGCUACCCUAAUGGCUCCAGGUCUCACAUCUACAGGUGGCAGAUUACCCAAUGGAAAUAAAGAAGAAGAGGGCGUAUAUGGAGAGACUGGAGAGGGAGAAGGAUGGUAUGGAGGAAGAGAAUUGGAAACUGGUGAACCAGUAGUUAUCUGUGCAGAGGGCAAGGAGGAGGCUUGUGCAGUGGGACUUUUAAGUAUGGGAACGAAGGAUGUCAAGGAUAAGGGAAAGGGACCCGUGGUGGAAGAUGCACAUUAUCUGGGAGAUGGAUUAUGGAGAUUAAGUACCGAUUGA